AUGGAUUUCCAGCUGUUUUGGACUUUCAAUGCAGCGGCAUCCAGUGGGAAUGAGUGGAUUAUUAGAGAUACUUUAGUAUCCAAACACGGGAAGUUUGAAUUGGGCUUCAUCAGGCCAGGUGCUUCUGAUAAGCUCUUAAUUGUAAAUGUUUGUGGUGCUUUUGGAAUUUGUGACAUAAGUGCCAGUCCACUCUGUGAAUGCUUACAAGGUUAUGAACCAAAGUUUAAAUUAGAUUGGGAUAUUGAUGACUAUUCUGGUGGGUGUGUGAGAAAAACUCCACCGCAGUGUGGAAGCAAUAAUGAAGGUUUUGUCCAUAUACAAAAUGUAGAACUUCCUGCGUCAUCUGAAUCAAUGCAAGUGGGGAAUGAUCAGAUCUGUGAAUAUAUAUGUUUAUCUAAUUGCUCAUGCAACGCUUAUGCUUACAGCAGUGGUGGAGAGUGCUUAUUAUGGAAUGACGAUCUGAUUGAUCUGAAAAGAUUACCCAAUAAUUCACGUCAAGUAGAGUUCAAUAUUAAACUUUUUGAAAGCUCCAACAGAGAUUAG